GUUAUCUAUGUUUCAAGAAAUCCAAGAGAUGUGGUGGUUUCCUGGUAUCAUUUCCAAAAAACCAAUACAAAUUGCAGUUUUCAGGGAACUUUCGAACAGUUCUGCAAUAAUUUCAUGAAUAAUCACACGUCGUGGAGUCCAUAUUGGGAACACGUGAAGGAAGCUUGGGCGAUGAAACACAGAGAAAACAUGAUGUUUCUCUUUUACGAAGAUCUAAUAAAGGAUUUACCUGGUAAUAUAAAAAAAAUCGCUACAUUCUUCAAUAAGUUCUAUAGCGAUGAACAGAUAGCCAAGUUAACGGAGCAUUUAAAAAUAGAAAAUUUUCGCAAAAAUCCUAUGGUAAAUCAGCCUACUUCAUCUAAUGUGAUACGACCGGAAAUGUUUAUCCGACAAGGAAUGACGGGUCGUUGGAAAGAAAUGUUCACGCCGGAGAUUGAAAAGAGAUUUAACAAGUGGAUCACUGAUAAUUUAAGAGAUACGGAUUUGACUUUUCCAAGUUAGAUUCGUUAUAUGAUAAACAAUUGCAAUUUAUAAAAGAUUAAGAUUUAAUUUGUUCAAAUUAGAUUUGUUACACAAUAUAUAAGCAAUUGUAAUUUGUACAUAAUUUCUAUUCAAUUUAAAGAAAGAUUAAUAAAAGCUUUCUAAGAAAGGAAUUAUAAA